AUGGCUAACAAAGUUUUCACGGUUGAAAUCUUCUUUAUUGUCUUGAGAGAGACCUUGGAGGCCGUCGUUGUUGUUUCGGUUCUUCUGGCUUUCUUGAAGCAGAGUUUGGGCGAUAGGAGUCCGGACAUCUACAAAAGGUUGCGGAAGCAGGUUUGGUGGGGUUCCAUUUUGGGAGUUGUUCUCUGUUUGAUUCUGGGAUGUGCUUUCAUUGGUGCCUACUACUCUUUGCAAAACGAUAUUUGGUCCAAGUCUGAGGACUUAUGGGAAGGUAUUUUCUCCUUGAUUGCAACCAUUUUGAUUUCCAUCAUGGGUAUUGCCAUGUUGAGAGUUAACAAGAUGCAAGCCAAAUGGAGAGUCAAGAUCGCCAGAGCCCUCAUUGAGCCUCCUGCUAGUAAGGCUGAACGGUUCAAGUUUGGUUACAUUGUCAAGAAAUACGCCAUGUUCAUUCUUCCGUUCAUCACCUGUUUGAGAGAAGGUUUGGAAGCCGUCGUUUUCGUCGGUGGUGUGGGUAUCGGUACUCCAGCCUCUUCCUUCCCUCUUCCAGUCGUUUGUGGUUUGAUUGCCGGUAUUGGUGUCGGAGUUUUGUUGUUCUAUGGUGGUUCUACCGUUUCUUUGCAACUUUUCUUGUGCAUCUCCACCGCUAUUCUUUACCUGAUUGCUGCUGGUUUGUUCUCCAGAGCUAUUUGGGACUUCGAGACUUUUGUCUUCAACCGGAAAACCGGUGGUGACGCUUCCGAAAACGGUUCUGGUCCCGGUACCUACAACAUCCACAAGGUUGUCUGGCACGUCAACUGUUGCAACCCUGAAACGGAUAACGGUUGGGAUGUGUUCAACGCUCUGCUUGGAUGGCAAAACUCUGCUACCUACGGUUCUGUUAUUGGCUACAACGUUUACUGGAUCGCCGUCAUUAUUGCGCUUGUUUUGAUGUACUACGAAGAGAGACACGGCCACCUUCCGUUCACCAAGAACCUGACCUUGGCCAAGUUGAACCCAAUGUACUACAUCAAGAAGAAGGGUAAGAACGAGCUGACUCCAGAGGAGGAAGAACGUCUUUUCCAACAGGCCAACAAGAAGAUUACCGAACAAGCACAAGCCUUGCAGGAAGACGAGACUCCAGCCACUAAAGUUGAGAACAUCGCCAUCCAAGACUCUUCGUCUUCGAAAUAA